AUGUCCGCGCUGGAUACGACAAGUUGCAACUCUAGCAACCUACAGGGAUUCUAUGCCUGGACGGACACAUUGAAGGGCAUCCAGUAUGGCCCAGGAUGCCUGGAGGAGGCUCUUCCCAAUUUUCUAGACCUUCUAGGUGUCAAGAAAGUACUUAUCGUCACAGGUCGGAGCCUCUAUGAGAAGACUGAUGUGGUCAAGCAAGUCGAAACAGUCUUAAAAACUCGGGAUGCUUAUGGCGGUGUAUUCUACGAGAUCAGCCAGCACUCGCCCAUCGCAGGUAUCCGCAAGGCGCAGCAGGUCUUCAAAGAGGCUGAUGCAGACGCAAUCGUCUCCGUGGGGGGCGGAUCUCCUAUUGAUGCUUCCAAAGCUAUUCUAUACCACAUCCAUAAGGAAACUGGUGGACCGAUUUUGAAGCAAAUUGCUAUCCCUACCACGCUGAGUGCGGCUGAGUACACUGCUGGGGCUGGGUUCACGAACGAGGAGGGGCAGAAGGUUGCAGUCAGCGACCUUGGGCUAGCUCCAGCAGCAGUCAUCCUAGAUGCGAAACUCACAUUAUCUACACCAGAACGCCUGUGGUUAUCCACAGGCAUGAGGGCUGUGGACCAUGCAGUUGAGAAUCUUUAUCGCUCGCUGAUUCCCCCUCCCUCAAAGCACCUCAGCUAUGCCGCCCUUGCGGACUUAUUCGUCAAUCUUCCUCUAUCUAAGGCCAAUCCUGAUGACGUCAACAUCCGCCAGAAGUUACAGAUCGCCUCUUGGAUGAGCUUUUUGCCUCAGAAAUUCCGGAAAUACAGCGCUGCUGGUCUGUCUCAUGCUUUGGGUCAUAAGCUCGGAGCUGCCUACGGUAUUCCUCACGGGAUCACAUCAUGCAUCACUCUUGCCCCAGUAGUAGCGCUCAUGGCUGAGACGGCUUGUCACGAAGAUAAAGAAUGGCUCGCGAAUGCGAUCUUCUAUCUUCGUAUACCAUCUUCUGGGUCUCUGGACAAAGACAUUCUCACCCUGUCCGAUGCUAUUCGAGGCCUUGUCGACAAGUUGGGCCUGACCUCCACUCUCACUGAAUAUAUUGUGCCCAAAGAGGACUUGCCGAAAAUCGCAGAAAGGACCCUAGGACGCGCAGACGGUCCACUUUACCCAGAGGUGGUCAAGUUGCUAGAGAACAUGUACUAGGAUAAAGGCCAGGAACGAGACCAAGUAUACCAACAUGACUCUGUACUAUUAGUAACUGUAGGAAAUGUCUAGACCAAAGAGCGAGCUCCGCGACCAUCUACAGGGUAUUGAUAUUUUGUCUACCGGAAGCGUACCUGUUCGGAUAGGGAUGCGUGUUGUUCAAACAUAGUGUAGCGCAUCUGACACGGACUAGGGAUAGGACAUAAAAUGCAAUACGUUCAAGACUGUUUUUGCAUGUUCUUCAUUCUUUCCUUGAACGCUUUCCAGGACGGACGUGUCAACUCGAAGCCAUCACCUAGCGUGGCAUAUGACCCUCCACCGAGGCGGGCGACAGGUCGCAACUUCGCUGAGUCCACGGUCUGACCGUCUUCAGCCAGCACCGCAUUGCGCACAUGGACGUCCUUGAUCAGUCCUAUGACUAGCGUGUGUGUGACCUCCUCGGAACCGGGUGCUUUGACGUCAAGCGACUGGUAGAGCUUGACUGUCGUGUC